UGUGCUUUCACGUUUUACUCGAGUUCGUUGAGGAGAUGCGGUGUAUGUUUUGGUUAUACAAAGCUGUUUUAUCAUAAUAUUCAAUAAUCAAUUAUCAGGUGUAAACAUGUAUUUGUCUUCUCUAUGCUCAUGAUCUAUUUCCCUGCGCGCAUAUGACAGACAGAGGAGCGUGUAUUAAUCCUGCUGUAGGACUGACUCAUUGCUGCCAGCACUUAACAGUUACAGUAGGUCAAACAAACCCCAAAUAUGAACGAGUCCCUCAGAAAAACGAAUCAUGACUCUCGAGUCAGGAAAAAAAGAGUCGUUCAAAAAGAACGAAUCGUUAGCGAACUGCACAUCACUACAGAGAACCACCGAGAGGACAACUAUGGACUGAAAACCAUCGAAAGGGGCAAUACACCGACUGGAAAUGUUCAAGUACGUCGCAAUAUAUCUAAAUGUAUAUCAUGAACACAGAUAUGAUUCCAAAAUUCACCUCAAAAGAUGAGGAGAUUGACUUCUGGAAGACUCUUUCCCUCAAGUACAAGAAAAAUUGCCAGGAGGCCCAGGAGGAGCUGCUGGAGUUUCAGGAGGGCAGCAGAGAGCUGGAGGCAGAGCUGGAGACCCAGCUGGGCCAGGCCGAGCACCACACGAGUGUCCUGCACUCUGAAAACAGCAGGCUCAAGAACGAGGUGGACUCACUCAAGGAAAAACUGGAGCAGCAGUAUGCCCAGAGCUACAAACAGAUCAACAUGCUGGAGGAUGACCUGGGACAGACCCGGGGCAUCAAGGAGCAGCUCCACAAAUAUGUGCGGGAGCUAGAGCAGUCCAACGACGACCUAGAAAGAGCCAAGAGGGCUACAAUUGUGUCCCUAGAGGACUUUGAGCAGCGUCUGAACCAGGCUAUCGAGAGGAACGCCUUCCUGGAGAGCGAGCUGGAUGAGAAGGAGUCCGUCCUGGUCUCAGUGCAGAGAUUGAAAGACGAGGCCAGAGACCUGCGUCAGGAGCUCGCCGUCCGAGAGCGAAGUACGGACGUAACCAGGAUGUCGGUGCCCACCUCGCCCAUCCAGGAUGACAAUGACAAGAUGGAUUACUCAGUCCAGGCCUCACUGUCUCUCCCCGCAACGCCGCUCGCAAAGAGCGCCAACCCCACAGAGUUGUCCAAUGUCCUUGGUAACUCUGCUAGAAUGUCAGCCCUCAACAUCGUCAGUGACUUGCUACGGAAAGUGGGGGCUCUGGAGUCUAAGCUGACAGCCUGCAGGAACUUUGCCAAGGACCAGAAAGCCAGGAACUCUUAUGCCAUCACGGAGAACGGGAACGUGAUCAACGGCAACACAGCCAAGUUCUCCCAUACACUCCACACGACGUCGUCAUACUACGACAAAACGAGAGAGAGGGUCAUAUUCCCUGCAUUAAUUCUGGCCGGUGCUGUCCUUCUGUUUUUCCUUAUUGAGGUUGUCUUUCAAGCAGGGUGGUGAAUGGCCUGGACCCUGGCACACUGACAGCCAUCACAGCACCCCCCUCUCCCUCCCCCCCUGACCUACUGCCUCUCAUUGUGUGAUGGUGACAGACAGUACCCCUGCCAAGCCCCCCCCCACCCCCCCAACACCUUCCUCUGCCCUUCUGCCAAUGGACAAGACUAUGUCUUAAAACAGAAAGCAUUGUGUUGACUUUCAAAUGAGGACAUAAAAAUGGCCAGCACAAUUAAACACUUUUCACAUACUGUAAUACUGGCCCCUCUUUGCAGUCACUACAUAUUAACAGGCUGUCUUUGUGUCAUUCUGACCCUUUAGUGCUUGUGGGACUAUUAUAGAGGAAACGGUGAGGGAUUCAAAUAUACAUUGAGUGUACAAAACAUUAAGAACACUUCCUAAUAUUCAGUUUUACCCCCUCCCUUUGUCCCCAGAACAGCCACAAUUCGUCGGGGCA